AUUGGAACCAGCCUGAACAGUAGCAGAAUAAAAAAAGGUUUACACAAGUAAGCAAGAAGUGGAUUUAUAAAGCUAUAUAAGAAUUCCAUUUUGGAUGACAAUUUUUUACUUGAUAACUGCUAGUUUCUGGAAAUGAAGUGGAGGAUGUACCGCAACCUAUUCUGUUUCCUUAUUCUUUGUCGUCUCUAUGGAUUAUUCUUCAAUACUCAAUGGAUAAAAGAUUUUUUCAAAGUUCAUAAUCAAAACUCAGUCACUCAGACUCAUCGAAAAAAUAUAAUGAAACUGGUUUGUCAACAAAAUAACCGCACCUUUAACUCAUCAUACAGAAUUCCAUCCUUUGUUUCCAGGCAGUUGUAUGUGGAGCACAGUUAUAAGUUCAUCUAUUGUGAAGUACCUAAAGUGGGUUGCACUAAUUGGAAGAGAAUAAUUCUUCUCUUAAACAAGACUUUUGCUGUUUCACAUGAGGAUCUCGAGCACUUUGAAGUUCACACAAAUUCUUUGUUGGUCCGACUUAGUUCCUAUAACUAUUCUCAACAAAUGGAGAUGCUUCAGAAUUACACUAAGGUGAUGUUUGUUCGAGACCCUUUGCACAGGUUGGUUUCAGCCUACAGAGACAAGUUUCUCCACGAAGAAAAUAUAUACUACAGUAAAACCUUUGCAGAUCGAAUCAAGGCAAAAAUCAGAAAAAAUAAAAAUUCCUCACAAAAGGUCACUUUUGAAGAAUUUGCUCGCUUCAUCAUUCAGGAAAAUGAACGGUACAGAGAUAUCCAUUGGAAACCAAUGCAUGCACUCUGUGACCCUUGUAACAUUCAAUAUGAUAUUGUGGGCAAGUUUGAAACCAUGAAAGAGGAUUCAGAUUUUGUUCUAAAGACUAUAAAAGCCCCAAAUCACUUUCAAUACCCCAAUAUUAAACAUUAUCCAAAUGAGUCCCGGACUAAUGAAGAGAUAAGCAUGAAGUAUUUCAAUAGCUUACCCCCAAAGGUCUUUGAAGAUCUCAUAGAUGUUUACAGAGAGGACUUCUCUCUGUUCCAAUACCUUCCUGUAAACCGUACAAAAACACAAAAAAUACCAGAGAAAUAGGCAAAUCUGCCCUUUCUCACACCAGUCUUUCUUCCUUUUCAUUUUUAAAGUGAAAGCACGAGAGCAUAAACUUCAGAGCUCGUCUUCACAUUGAGUGAGCGCAAAACCUGCAUGAUACCAGUUCUUGUUAAGUUAAAACAGAUUUUGAUUAUU